CUAGGUCUUUAAACGAAUGAAUGCUUGAAUGCUGUGGUUGCAAUCAGAAAACCAACUCUGGACCCUUUCUUGUACUUGCACCCCCAUCACCCCCCAACGAUUGCCACCCACCACCCUCCCACACCCCGAAUGAAAACACGCAUCCAGGGCCGGCAUCCUGCGCACGCUGCAUCCGCUCCAGCUGCAGGCCGAGUGCAACGCCGGCGCCUUCCAUCGCACGGAGGACGGCGGCCUGGGCGAACGGAUCGAGCUGGCCGAGGUCGAGGUCGAUGUGGAUACGAUUAAGAAGCUCAAGCUGGGUCAGAGGUCGUCGCUCUGGUCCCGACCCUCCUCCACCACCUCCCAGCUGCAGCAGGAGCACCAGCAGCAGCAGCAGCAAAAGCACCACCAGCAGCAGCAACACCACCCACAACAGCAGCAGCAGCAGGCACCACAGCAACCACACAAACGAGCGCAUUCAAAGUCACCGCAGCCACAACAACAACAGCCACUGCAACAACAACGCCAACAACAUUCACCCGCUCCUGGCCAAAAAUUGCUUAGCGAGAAAUCGGAUUAUUCGAUAUCCGUCUGAGACAUUGGUAAGAUCUGAUCGCAGGAUCAGCAGAUUGGAUGAGAUUGGGCCCCCCGAUAGCCAGAAAAUUAGCAGCAGCCGGGCCGUUUUUGUACAUUUUUGUAAUGCAUUUGUUACCUUACCACCCCAACCCCCAAACCUCGCCCCCCUGACACCACUCUUAAAUGAUGAUAAUGAUGAUGAUAAACCACUACUCCAACCUUUCGGAGGAGCCCUAAAACCCAGUAACACCCUUCCGUUCCCCAAAAGAAACAACCAGAAGAACACUCAGUAAACUUUCGGACAAUCAGUAUCAAAAUUCUGCACCAACCAUCCAAAAACCAAACAUACCGAAUCGAAACACUUCCCAUUAUGAACUCCUGCCCUAUUUAUAGAGGUCAUACUAUAUCUAAGUAUUAUCGAUUGUGCAUGCUCUAUACCCACGUAUGUGAAUGCAUAUGGCAUGUGUCCAGAAAGAACCCAGGUCAGUUGUCGAACUUCCAGAAAUGUUGUAUGUAUAUAAUAUACUAACGUAGUCU